AUGAAGCCAACUCCAGAAAAUUUUGAUGUAGAUGGUGGAAUCGACCAGGAUAUAUUUGAUAUCAAUGAAGAUUUGGGACUGGAUCUUUUUGAGGGAGACAUCAAACUUAAUGAGGUACAAGACAGAAAUUCCAUCAUUGGAGAAAACUAUAGAUGGCCUCAUACCAUUCCAUAUGUUCUAGAAGACAGCUUGGAAAUGAAUGCCAAGGGAAUUAUCCUCAACGCAUUUGAACGCUAUCGCCUAAAGACAUGCAUUGACUUCAAGCCUUGGACUGGAGAAACUAACUAUAUAUCAGUGUUCAAGGGCAGUGGCUGCUGGUCUUCAGUGGGAAAUAGGCGUGCUGGGAAGCAAGACCUCUCCAUUGGGAACAACUGUGACAGAAUAGCAACGAUUCAACAUGAGUUCCUCCAUGCAUUGGGAUUCUGGCACGAGCAGUCGCGUUCUGAUCGGGAUGACUAUGUCAAGAUCAUUUGGGACAGAAUCCAGUCAGGCAAAGAGCACAAUUUUAACACCUAUGAUGACCAAGUCUCAGACUCUCUGAAUGUUCCCUAUGAUUACACUUCAGUCAUGCACUACAGUAAAACUGCAUUCAGAAAUGGAACAGAACCCACAAUUGUAACAAGAAUCCCAGACUUCAUGGACGUGAUCGGCCAACGGAUGGAUUUCAGUGACUAUGACCUCUUAAAGCUGAAUCGGCUGUAUAACUGCUCUUCUUCCUUGAGCUUUAUGGACUCCUGCAAUUUUGAACUGGAAAAUGUGUGUGGUAUGAUUCAAAGUUCAGGCGAUAACGCUGACUGGCAGUGGCUUUCACAGGUCCCCGGAGGGCCAGAGAGCGAUCACUCCAACGUGGGCCGGUGCACAGGUUCUGGCUUCUUCAUGCAUUUCAACAGCAGUGCUGUGAAUGUGGGGGCCACAGCAAUGCUGGAAAGUAGAACGAUGUACCCUAAAAGAGGAUUUCAGUGCUUGCAAUUUUAUUUAUACAACAGUGGGAAUGAAAAUGACCAGCUGAACAUUUAUGUCAGGGAGUAUUCUGCAGGAAAUGAGAAUGGUACUUUAACCCUGGUGGAAGAAAUAAAAGAUAUACCCAUUGGGAGCUGGCAACUUUACCAUGUAACACUGAAAGUAACCAACAAAUUCAGAGUGGUGUUUGGAGGGGUUAGAGGUGCUGGUACAUCGUUGGGUGGCCUGUCUAUUGACGACAUCAAUCUUUCGGAAACACGGUGCCCUCAUCAUAUCUGGCGUAUAAGGAAUUUCACACAGUUCAUUGGCAACCCAAGUGGAACUCUGUAUAGCCCUCCAUUUUAUUCUUCCAAAGGUUAUGCCUUUCAGAUUAACUUGGAUCUAAACCAUUUGACUAAUGCAGGAAUAUAUUUCCACUUGAUCUCUGGAGCCAAUGACGAUCAAUUACAGUGGCCGUGUCCUUGGCAACAAGCCACGAUGACACUCUUGGAUCAAAAUCCUGACAUUCGACAGCGUAUGUCCAACCAGCGGAGUGUAACUACAGACCCAUUUAUGACCACCGAUAAUGGAAGCUAUUUUUGGGACCGGCCUUCCAAAGUGGGAGAAGUGGCCUUUUUCCCUAAUGGAACUCAGUUUAGAAGAAGCCGGGGCUAUGGAACCAGUGCCUUUAUAACCCUUGAGAGGCUGAAAAGCAGAGAUUUUAUAAAAGGAAAUGAUGUUUAUAUCCUACUAACCGUGGAAGACAUAUCCCACCUUAAUUCUACGUCAACUCAGCCAGUCCCAACCCCUGGCAUCACUGACCUUUGCUCAAGCUUCACGUGUGAGAAUGAUGGCAUCUGCACUGUCCGAGAUGGCAAAGCUGAGUGCAGGUGCCCGUCGGGGGAGGACUGGUGGUACGUGGGAGAGAGGUGUGAAAAGAGAGGCUCCACCCGCGACACCAUCGUCACCGCCGUUUCCUCCGCUGCGGCUGUGUUGGCCGCGAUGCUGAUCGUCACCCUGGUCAGUGUCUAUUGCACUCGGAAGAAGUACCGCGAAAGGGCAAGUUCAAAGGCAGCAGGCACCGUCGUGGAAAAUGAGCAUGCAUUUUAA